AUGUUUUUCUGUGCCCUGUGCUCACUCUUGACUCCCGUGAGUGCUAGAACGCACGUGUACCUCGUGUACGCUAUACGUUUUAUCCUGGGAUUUGCCGCAGGCGUUACCUUCCCAUGUAUUCACGCCAUGCUUGGUAAAUGGUCGCCACCUUUUGAGAGGAGCAAAAUGGUUUCCUUCACAUCCGCGGGCCAAAUGUUGGGAAAUGUUGCAACCUUUGCUAUAUCUGGGCUACUCUGUCAGUACGGGUUCGACAAUGGCUGGGGCUCCAUCUUUUACUUGUCUGGUCUGUUCAACAUGCUGUGGGUUGUCCUCUGGUUUCUCUUCACGGCCGACACCCCAGCUAAACACAGGUUCAUCACGGAGAGGGAGAAGUUCUACAUCGAGGCUUCCAUAGGCAGAGGCGACGUCAAGAAGGUCAGACGUGUACCCUGGUUAAAAAUAGCAACUUCCUGUCCGAUGCUGGCUGUCAUCAUAGCUCACACGUGCACCAACUACGUUAGUUAUACGUUGCUGACGUCACUUCCUCUUUUCAUGAAAGAAAGCUUACAUUUCGACAUUAAGCAGAACGGGCUUCUGUCUGCCCUGCCCUAUGUGUGCCAGUUCGUCUCUUCUAUUGCCGGGGGUUACGCCGCUGACACAUUCAGAGAGAAGGGCUGGAUGUCUACAAGAACAGUCAGAAGGUCUUUCCAGUUCACAUCUUUUGUAGGGACCGCCAUUUGUAUCGCCAGUGUUGGUCAGAUGAGCUGUGAACACCGCCAUAUUGCCGUGGCUUUGUUGUGUUUGUGUACAUCCUUCAUGGGCCUCAACAGGUCCGGCUAUUGCGCCAAUCAUUUAGACCUGGCCCCCAGUUAUGCUGGGAUUUUGUUUGGCAUAACAAACACAAUAGCCACAGUACCUGGCAUGGUUGCACCCAUCAUUGCUGGUGCUCUGACACCUAAUAAGUCAAAUGAUGAAUGGAAGAACGUUUUCUACGUCUGCGCAGCCACUGCAGCAUCAGGGGCGGUAAUCUACUUGAUAUUAGCAGACGGCGAACUUCAGACGUGGGCUGUCCCCCCUGAAACUGACACAAAAAUAACUUUGGCGUAUUCCCAUGACGCUGAACUUUCCAGAAUGCCUCUAGAGAAUAAACUGUCCAGACUGCCUCUUGACCAGUAUGAUAACACUGACCGCGCUGAGGGUAAAGGAAAAGAUGAUUUCACCAAAUGGAAUACAUCCAGUCCAGCGCCCAACGGGAGCUAAUAUAUAAACAUUCAAUAGGUUUUUAUGUAAUCAUCC